AUGGGCUUUGUUCCGGAGGAGAUGGCUGCCAGGACGGGGGAGGAUGGCAUUGCGGAAGAGGAUGGGCCACAGCCAUUAGAGCGACCAAAACAACACGAGAUGUCGCCAGAUGAAGACAAGCCGAAGCCGCCCUUGGUGCGAAUCCACUCCGAAUGCUACACGGGAGAAACGGCAUGGUCGGCACGAUGUGACUGCGGCGAGCAGCUGGACGAAGCCGCGCGGCUCAUGUCCCUCCACGGCGGAGGCGUGAUCGUCUACCUGCGGCAAGAAGGACGGGGCAUCGGUCUCUCGGAGAAGCUGAAAGCGUACAAUCUACAAGAUCUGGGCUCGGACACGGUCGAGGCAAACCUGCUGCUACGGCACCCGGCUGACGCCAGGAGCUACGGUCUGGCAACCGCGAUCCUGCUCGACCUGGGCUGUGGAGGCGACCAGGGAAUCCGGCUGUUGACCAAUAACCCGCACAAGGUGCGUGCGGUGGAGGGUCCGAACCGGGAGGUGAUAGUGCGUGAACGGGUUGCGAUGAUACCCUUGGCGUGGAAACAUGGCGGCAAGAGGGGCAUCCAUUCCAGGGAGAUCGAACAGUACCUGAGCACCAAGAUUGGAAAGAUGGGUCAUAUGAUCAGUGAUUGA